CUAUUUUUCUGAUGUUUUUUGACUCAUAAUUUACUAGCCUUAUUCAAUUUGUCUCUUUAGGCAACGAUAAAUUCUCUUGUAAUUUUAUUUCUACUUAUAAAAAUCUUUGAAUCUGCCGUCGUAUUGCAUCAUAUUGAAACAUUGUUUAACAGUUUUUGAAUAGGAGUGACUAGUCAAUUCUUAGAGUUAACGCGAACAUACGCAUGUCAAUCCAGAACCUCAACGUAUUUGACCCGUUUGCAGAUGCAAUCAAGGGUGCUGAUGAUGAUGUCCAGGAUGGGCUUGUACACAUAAGAAUUCAACAACGUAAUGGUCGUAAAACAUUAACAACAGUUCAAGGUUUAUCUUCAGAGUAUGACUUAAAAAAAAUAGUACGCGCUUGUAAAAAGGAGUUUGCAUGUAAUGGUACAGUAGUUGAACAUCCUGAGUACGGAGAAGUAUUACAGUUGCAAGGCGAUCAAAGAGAAAAUAUUUGUCAAUGGUUAACUAAAUGUGGCUUAGCUAAGUCUGACCAGCUCAAAGUUCAUGGUUUUUAAAUUGAAAUAUGUUACAAUAUGUAUUCAAAUACUACAUCAUAACAUAAUCAGACAAAUCAAAUUUUUGAGAAUUCAAUUAUAUAUUAAAUUUAAUAUGCAUUAAUAACAUUUAAAUAUAAGAGUAGUAUACAUUAUUUUUCAACUGAUAUAUUUUCCAUUGUAUACAAAUAAAUAGUACUAAAAUGUACAUUAAUGCUACAGAUGUGUUCAGAGAAAAUUAUGUUUCUUUUUUUCAAAUUGAUUAAUAUGUUUUCUGUUAUAUACCAUAACCAACAUUUUGAUUUCAAAUUUAUCUUAGUAUGUAAAAUUUCUUUUAACCAUAUACAUUAAUUCACAUUUUCCUUAAUAUAUAAUAAAUAAUGAAAAUUAAUA